GGGCCCUCAUUGGUCGCCGACUGCCGCCCGGCCGGCUGUAUAGAAAAGAAGAAGAAGCGGAGGACGAACGAAGAAGAAGAAGAAGAAGCGGUGGUGGAGUAAAGGGGAGGAGGUGCAGAAAAAUGUUGUUUAGACGAACGGGUGACAGGGGAUCGCCGCGCGAAUAGUCCUGCUGCCGGCGAGAGUUGGCCGCUCAUUGUCUUACGCGUCGCAGGACGUUGCCUACAUGACAGCUUUUUUUAUCAUCAGCGUGUUAAACAAUUCGUAAAUAAAAACAUUAUAUACCUACGUAACCUAAUAAUAUUUUAAACAGGACUCAAGUUAUGAUAUUUUAAAAAACGAAAAUGAUUUGUUGUGCCAAUUAUUGACAAUACUGACAAUUUUUGGGGGUGACUGUGUCUUCCGGUAAAUAUGCGAUCAAAAUCGGUGGCUAGAAGAGUGACAGCUCAAGAAGGAUCUGAAGAUGAAAUAGAAAUUACAUCAGAACCAGAUCUCAUGGACAAUAACAUAGAACACCCACACAACUACACGAACAACAACUUCCAAAACUCAAUUGAAAUGGUACCCAAAAACACACAUAUCAGCGUCAAAAUCGAUCUGUACGAGAGUCCACACACUGACCAUUUGAAAUACGACCAUUUCAAGAAGGCUGACGAUUCAAUCAUGGACGAAGAGGAUGACCUGAUAUACCUGGGAACCAGAAAAGUCAUUUUGGCCAACGCGGUUUUGCCUGGGGAAUUGGAAUUCAGGAAAAAUGGUGUUUAUGCCAAGACGAAUAUUGGUAAAGGUACUAGGUUUGGACCUUUUCAAGGUAAAUGGGCUGGUGUACCUCAGGAUCCACGAUUUGCUUGGGAGGUUGUAGCUGGCUCAGGUGUAAGAGGAUGGCUGGACGGUUCCUUAGAACACCAAAACUGGCUCAAACUUGUAACCAGCGUCUCCAAUAAGACCCUGGCAAAUAUGAGGCAUACUUUGAUUAAUGGACAGUUAUGGUAUGAAACGAUAUCGGAUAUUACAAGCGGAAGCAAGCUGUUGUUAGGACCAAGAGAACCAUUGAAUUUGCAAGAUUUGUUUGCGGAUUCUUCUACAGGAGAUGAGAGAUCAGACAGAGAAACGACAUCACAACCCAGUGUUGCAGAAGGGGAACACGAUGAUGACGAUGAAGAGGACAACCAAUCGCGCUGCUGCAACUGUGAUCAACCAUUCAACGAUGUUGAAAAACUAGACGAACACCUCAUCCUUAAACACAACUACCGCCGCAACGAGUACCGUUGCGACCUCUGCCCCAAAGCGUACUCGUUCAAGCCUUGCCUCAUCAAGCAUCGUGCUCAAAUCCACGGCGAAACCAAGAAGUACCACUGCGAAAACUGCCCGAAAGUCUUCACCGAUCCCAGCAACCUCCAGCGGCACAUCAGGACACACCACGUGGGUGCUAGGUCGCACGCUUGUCCCGAAUGUGGAAAAACUUUUGGCACAUCAUCUGGAUUAAAGCAACACACUCAUAUUCAUUCUUCUAUAAAGCCGUUUCAGUGUGAAGUCUGUUUUAAGUCUUAUACACAAUUCUCCAACCUCUGCCGGCACAAGCGAAUGCACUCUGACUGUCGUUUGCAAAUCAAGUGCGUCAAGUGCGGACAAUCCUUCUCAACAGUCACCUCCCUCACAAAACACAAGAGAUUCUGCGACUCUACUAACCAAAAACCACUAUUAACUUCACCACCUCAACUUCCGAUGGCUAGCAGUUACCCAUUUUAUCGACCAUCAGCUAUUUCCUUAUUCCCUUUUCACACUCAACUUCCUAACUAUCAGAUGCCGCAAAUGUUUCCCACUACGCCUGCCCCGAGUUUCUUACCACCUUUCUUCUUGAAUCACUUACAUAAACCUGAACGCGAUGAGGAACUACCUCGGAAGAAACUGAAUAUAGGUCAUCCAGAAAAAACUGAAGUUCAUGUAAAAGAGAGGUUUACACCGCCUAGAGCGCCCAGUAUUGCCGAGAAAGUCAGUCCUCCUACAGCAGAAGAAGCUGAUUUAACACCAUCACCCGCUAGACCGACUCUAACUUCGAAAUCCAGAGCAACGAUAACGCCAGUGCCUGAGGAAAAAGUACCUAAAGACUUCAGUGUGACUUCUCCUAAGUCCACCACUCCCAGUGAUGACGGUGAUCAACCUUUGGAUCUUUCCGGUUGGAACUCUGUAUUGCAACCAACAGAAAAAGUGGAAUUCAAAACAGAACCGAUUAAGAGUCGUACCCCAACACCCGUACCGGAAGUUAAAGAAGAAAAAAUGGAAAUUAUCGAGGUUGAAGAACCGAAGAAACCUCCCACAACACCUCCAAUGGCCUAUCCAAGACCCACAUAUCCGAUGGUUUUGGAAAUGUACCGAUCAAACUUCCCAAACUUUCAACAAGCAACCGAAAGACUUCUGCCCUUCGGACCUCACAGGUUUCCUUUUCUAAACUCACCCCUUCAUCAACGUUUCGAUCUGUUAAGGCCGAAUUUACAAAGCUUCAAUCCGGUUAAAUCGUACCACGAUGCUAUCCAUCCUCCUAGCCAAGGGAAAAUAAAGGACAGAUAUGCUUGUAAGUUUUGCGGGAAAGUGUUUCCUAGAUCUGCUAAUCUCACGCGACAUUUGAGGACCCAUACAGGUGAACAACCGUACAAGUGUAGGUACUGUGAACGUAGCUUUAGUAUCUCGAGUAACUUACAGAGACACGUGAGAAAUAUACAUAAUAAAGAGAAGCCUUUUAAAUGUCCGUUGUGUGAGAGAUGUUUUGGGCAGCAAACAAACUUGGACAGGCACUUGAAAAAGCAUGAAACUGAUGAUGGUAAUGGAGUGGUGGCAGUAGCAGAUUCACCAGGAAGUAGCAAUGAAAACGAAAGGGAAGAAGCCUAUACUAGACUUGAUGAAAUAAGAAAUUUUGUUGGUAAAGUUACCACAAACGGCCAAGAAUACUAUAACCCCACCAGACUCUAUACCCCUCCAUUUCAAAAUGACAUCGACGUAGUUGGUAAGGAAGAUGAUGAUUCUGAACUGUAUUCGAAUGCAUCGGUAGAAGAUUUUUCGAAAAAAGAUGCUAGUAAAGAAGAGAUUCUAAACAAUAACGACCAGUCUAUCGAAGUUACUACCUAGUAGAGAAUAGAUAUAGUUGAUAUAAUAUGAAAUCCGUUGAUUGUGUAGAGUUGUAGUAGAGGAACUGAACCAUCUGUGUUAAUAUGUUACAUUUACUUGAGGAAAUAUUGAUAUUUCGAGAUGUAGUUUACAUAUUUACAAAAAAUGUACUAGAAAAAUAAUUUUCAAUGUAUUUUAAUUUUUUUUUUCAACCAUUGACAAAUUUUAUGACAUAGUUCUACCAUACUGCAGAUUUUUAGUAUAAUAUUAAUCGUCAAUUCUUUCAAAUUGUAUUUAUAUUUCCUUAAGUUGUUAAUUUGUAUAUACCUAGUUAGAUCUUAGAUCGAUAUUUAUAUUGUAAAUACAUUAAACUUAAGCUUAAUAUGAUACUGAUAGUAUUGUGAAUAUUUUUAAAGUUCCUACACAUGCAUAAUUUGUUAAUCUUGCAUUUUUAAGCACCUUUGGGUAUAAAAACCUUUUUGAAUAAUGCACAUUUUGUACAUUUUAAACGGUUGAUGCAUUGAAUCGAAUACUUUUAAUUAAUAGCCUAGUGUAGCGUAGAGCUUGUAAAUAGAGCAAUUUUAAUAUAUAAAAGAUAUUAAACAUUUUAAAAAUUAUUGUUUGUUAAAUUUAAGAAGUCUCUUUUAUAAAAUUUUUAAUUUGUUUUUGUGAGCUUAAUACCAAAGUAAGUUUUUUUUAUUUCGAUUUUUUUGUUCGUUUAGGAACAGGUUAAGUGUCAUAGGUGUGACAUAAAUAUAUUUUUAUUUUAUUUUAAACUGUUUAGAAACAUAUUAUAAUAUAAGUUUUAAUGGAGGUUUCAAACUCAUCCACUCAUGUAUUAUUAGACAUACU